AUGGCUGCGGAAGAGGUGCUUGAGGUGUCAGGCGAGCAUGAGUGCGAGCCAGGCUCCAGUCAGACUGGCGAAGAUGAGCCCCUGGUGGAAGCCCAUCGUCCGGUCCUGGAGAGGGACAUCAGCGACAUGGACUCUCCGGCGCCCAGUGAUGGGGAGCUCUCACCAACCAGACGAGGCUUGUCGAAGAUCCUGGUGAAACCACCAGACAUGCGGAGUGACAUGGAAGUGGAAGAGAUCUUCCUUUCCAUCGAGAAGCUGCAAGAUCCGUUUCUCUCCAACUUGGAGAAGUCGGUCAAGCGAGCUGUGUGUCAACGCCUCACCCUGGAGGAGUUCAAGGAGAACGAGCAGAUCUUUGAAUUUGGUGAUCUAGGAGCAACUUUGAUCUUGUGUCUUUGA